GCCAUGGAGAGUCCCAUGUUCGACACUGUCCUGGAGACAACAGACGGGGUGACCCCUGACCCCAGCUGGACCCUACCCUACCCAUUGGGCUUCCAGGUCUCACUGACGGGCUUCCUAAUGUUGGAAAUUGUGUUAGGUGUGAGCAGCAACCUGACGGUACUGGUCCUCUAUUGCCUGCAAGCUGGCUUGGUUGACUCAGUCAGCAACAUGGUGACCAUGAACCUGCAUGUGCUGGAUGUACUAAUCUGUGUGGUGUGUGCACCGCUCUCGAUGGUCGUCGUGUUGGUGCCCCCAGAUCGUGCUGCCACUUUGCUUUGCUGCUUCCAUGAGGCUUGUAUCACCUUCAGCAGUGUGGCAACGGCCACUAAUGUGCUGGUGAUCAGCCUGGACCGCUAUGACAUCUCUGUACGGCCAGCACAGCGUGUGUUGACGCCAGCCCGUGCCAUCCUGCUCCUGGCUGGUGUCUGGAUGCUAUCCCUGGCAGUCUUCUUUAUACCUUUCCUGGAGGGAGAAUUCGGCCAUGCUAGCCAGUGGCAAAACCGCACGGUGCUCUGUGUCGGCCCAAAGGAGUUCCAUGCCGAACUCGGUACCUCCUACCACUUGGCUAUCCAGAUCCCCACUUUCUUUGCUGCUGUGGCUGUCAUGCUAGUAACCUAUGCCAAGAUCCUGCAGGCUCUCAACAUCAGUAUUGGCAGCACCUUCAAGCGCAGCCAGCGCCGCAAGACCAAGAAAAGGAAACGGCGGAAAUCAGCAGAGCCAAGCUGUAGCCUUGCCAGUGGAGGAGAGGCCAAGCGGCUUUCUCAGCCAGUGCCUGCCCUUCCUACGCCACCACCCAUGGGGGUGCAGGCCUCAGUCUCUGUGAUCAUCGCACUGCGGCGAGCAGUGAAGCGUCACCGUGACCGGAGGGAGCGCCAGCGGCGUGUUUUCCGCAUGUCUCUUCUCAUAAUCUCAACCUUCCUUUUGUGUUGGGCACCACUUUCCAUUGCCAACCUACUCAUCCUGUGCCUGGGGCCCAGCCCUUUGCUGGGCAAGCUGCGAAUCUGCUUCUUGGCCAUGGCCUAUGGCACCACCAUCUUCCACCCUCUCCUCUAUGCCUUCACCCGCCAGAAACUGCGCAAUGUACUCCGCAGCAAGCUGAAGAAGCGGGUGGUGUCUGCCCUGCAGGUGGACCCUGCCCCUGGUGGCACAGUCAUCCACAACUCCUGGGUGGAGCCACCACGCAAGAGCUGCAAGGGCCGGCCACGAGGUAGCGAUGGGGCUGAGCACUGCCUGACUGAGGCCACUAAGGAGUGA